CUUCAGCAUGUGGAUUCUCUUAUAAAACAAAAGAUGUUGGAUCAAGAAGGAGUAAUGAAGCAGCCAAGGAGAACUUGUACCCUCCCAAACUAUCCAAAAGGCAACCAGGAUAUUCUCGGCAAGAUUGCACAUUUGGCUCAAAUAGAGGAUAAUGAAGCAGCAAAAGUUAUCUCUUGGCAUUUGACAAGUGACAUGGACUGUGUAGUCACAUUGACUACUGAAGCAGCUCGUUCUAUUUUUGAUGAAACUCAAGGUCGACAACAAGUGUUACCCCUUGAUUCUAUUUACAAGAAGACACUUCCAGAUUGGAACAGACCUUUACCUCACUUAAGAAAUGGAAGGAACGUCUUCACACCUGUUGGAAAUCCUAUAUUUGCCAGAGAUCUGUUAACAUUUCCAGAUAACAGAGAGCAUUGUCAAACAGUGUUUGGUAUGCUCUUGGGUGACACUAUCAUUAUAGAUAACUUGGAUGCUGCCAACCACUACAGAAAAGAG